GUGCGCAAGUUAGGUGGGAUUCCAUUAGUUCUGAACCAAUGUAAUAUUGACGACAAUAAUCCAUAUAUUCGUGAAUACGCUAUAUUCGCACUUCGUAAUUUGUUAAUUAACAAUUCUGAAAAUCAAAAACUUGUUAAAGAACUUGAGCCAAUUGAACCAGUUCAGAAUGAUAUUUUGGGUGAAAUUGGCAUUAUAACAGAGCUAGGAAACAAUG